CCUCGUAGUAUACGGCACUUCGGGCGAUGCCAGAGACCGUCAGCCGUUCGGCCUUUCAAAAGUGCUCCCUUGCACUGUUGCUUGUGCUUUCAAUCUGCUGUGGGACACAAUGGCUACCAUCAACAUCGGAGGCGUGGCUGUGCCACGCUUGGCAUUUGGUCUCGGUUCGUUGAUGAAAUGGGCACCAAAUCAUGCAUACCCACUGCCAACAGACAGCAGCAAAGAAGUACGACAAGCGAUAGCAGCCGGAUUUCGACACUUCAAUACUGGCGAUUUGUACACCAACAACGAAAGUGCUGCAGAAGUGCUGCGAUCCAGUGGUCUGCAGAGACACGAGAUCUUUCUGAGCUUGAAGCUGAACACAUAUGCCAUACUCGGCUGUCGCGGACGAGACCACAUGAUCGAGAACGCAAAGCGAGAGAUUGAUCGUUUUGGGCUCGCUGGCUAUGUCGAUGUCCUGCAGCUGCACUUUCCGCCUCGAGGGUAUGCUGGGCAGUUGUCGAACCGGGAAGCAUGGCGAGUCCUGGAAGAGCUGAAAGACCAGGGCAUCGCUCGAAUUAUUGGAGUGUCUAAUUGGACCCUUGCGGAUUACCACGACAUCAUGAACGCUUCAGAUCUCAAACAUCCGCCACAGCUCAACGAGUACGAAUUCAAUCCUUUCCUGUUAUUUGAUGACAAGUUUCGUGCGCUGCAUGCAUACGAAAGCAAGCAUGGAAUCGUCCAUAUGAACUACGGCUUCCUGACUGCCAUUUCCGGGCGUCUGCCUUCUGCAGAUACUUCAGCCUUGCUGCGGCAGCUGGAGUCAGCCUCGAAGCAGACAGGCCUUUCUACUGGCGACUUGCUGCUAUCGUGGGCGUAUUAUCGGCUCAACGGAAUCGUGGUGACUUCCUCAUCCAAGGCUGAGCGCGUUCAGGGGACCGUGAAGCUGUCAUCGCAGGAGCCGCCUGUAGCCGGCGAAGUGUUCGAUGCGAUUGAGGAAGCGGCUAAGCAGGAUGGUCCAGAAGGAAAGGUCUUCUACGACCAUCCGCAUAUGGAGAAGGCGCGACAGGCCUCGAUGGGUCAGACCGAGCCUUCAUGAGCGCAUACGGGUCGUGUGGAAAUAGUGCCGAGUAUAGUGUAGACAUAUGUAGAGGAG